AUGAGCUCUUUGCAUUUUGUCGUCAUAUCCAGGAGUUCUGGCUUUGCUCACUCAUUCCGGCUCUCUAACGCGACGCGCUCACUCUCACUUACAACCGUCCACUCGGUGCUCCACGCCAGCAAGAGAAGUUUCGUCACAACGUCGAGAAAUCAGGACCAAGGGCCCCUUUUUGAAAAAGCAAAAAUAAUGGACCCCAAACUGUACACCAAGUCAGCUGCACCGUCGUCGACCAAGUGGCCUGCGCCCAGUCCCAGUGCCAGCAUCCUGGUCAUCUCGCCCACCAACAAAGUAUUGCUGUUGAAGAGAGUCAAGACGGCCUCUUCUUUUGCGUCCGCGCAUGUGUUUCCUGGUGGCAACGUGGAUGAGUUUCAUGAUGGGGUGACGGCCAAGGAUGAGCACCUGGACAAUAUCGUCUAUCGAAAUGCUGCCAUCCGUGAGACUUUUGAAGAGACGGGUAUUUUGUUGAGUAAAAGCCCUGUUGAAGUCAGUGAUGAAGUGAGGGACAAGGGACGAAAGGAUGUCUACAACAGACAGAUCACUUUUGGGGAUUGGGUCAAGAACCAUGGUGGUGUGGCGGACACAGAUAGACUCCUCAUCCCCUUCACCAGAUGGAUCACCCCACCCCCAGCCAAAAAGCGCUUCACAACCCAAAUGUAUCUCUACUUCCUCCCGGUAUCCUCCGCCAACUCGUUCUCCGAAAAGCCCAGCAAGAUCCACACCCCUACCCCAGAAGGCGAGCAGGAAAAGGAGCACACCUCUGCGGAGUGGGAGUACCCCCUCACCUGGCUGUCCAAGGCCCAAAGCGGGGAGAUUAUGCUUUACCCACCGCAAUUCUACCUCUUGAAUCUCCUCUCCCCCUUUUUGAACAACUCCAAUACGGAUUAUGCCACGCAGCGGAAGGGGGUGAGGCAAUUUCUGGAAAAGGUGCCGACUUCAAGCGGGGAGUACGACUCGUUUGAUGGAAAGCUCAAGCCCAAGGUGUCGAAUACCCAUCUGAUUGGCUGGAAGGACAAGGUUAUCUCGCCUAGUGUGAUAUUUGCGCCGGGGCAGCUGUACAGGGACGAGACCGUGUUGAGUUUGGAGUCGCCUGGUCCUGAGCUUGGGGCUCAAAAGGGGAACACGAGGGGGGGGCGAGAGGGUGGUGGUUGUUGA